AACCAUUUUCCACUCGAACAAAACUCGAAAGAAGGAGAAAGAAAAAACCCAUGAAGCCUAAACCACAAGACGAGGAUUCACCGUGAAGCUCUUCUCUUCAACACUCUGUGCAUCGCGUCGGUGAAGCAAAAACCUUCGUCUUCCAUUCACAUGUUUCUUUGAUCUCGCCUGUAGCAGCAUUUUGGGGGAAUCAUGCCUGACGUGCAAGCUCUCGUCAAUGAUUUUCUUAACAAGCUUAAGAAGCGUAAGAUUGAGGGCUCGCAGGCCACAGCAAGGCAGACAGCAGAACUUUUACGGUCUGUAAUUUCACAGCAGCGAGUGCCUUACACCAACCAGGCAGGAGCCUUGAUUGAUGCUGUUAAGGCUGUUGGAGAGCGGCUAAUUGCUGCAAAUCCUGUCGAGCUGGCUGUGGGUAAUAUAGUGAGGCGUGUUUUGCACAUUAUUAGGGAGGAGGAUCUUUCUCUGACAACAGCUGCUAUUGCGGGGCUGAACUUAUCUGCUGUAAGCGAUGAUGAUGAUGAUGGUGAACGAGAUGAUCACCCAGUUUUGUCAGCUGCUGCUGUUGCUGCUGCUGCAAGAAGUACUUUGCGUCCACCUUCAUUGCAGACGCUGCUGGAGGAUGUGCCUGACUCAGCAGCUGUUCCUCAUACUUCUUCAUCUGGAGGUGAUUCUGAAGGAAAAAGCAAAUCUGCUGAUAAAAGUUCAAGAACUCGAAAGCUGAAACAUGAUGUCAUUGAAGCGGUUAAUGAGCUUAUACAAGACAUUGCUACUUGUCAUGAACAGAUUGCUGAGCAAGCAGUGGAACAUAUCCAUCAAAACGAGUUAAUAUUAACGUUAGGCAGUUCAAAAACAGUAUUGGAAUUCCUUUGUGCUGCAAAGGAGAAGAAAAGAUCAUUCCGGGUAUUUGUUGCAGAGGGUGCUCCGAGGUAUCGAGGGCAUCUUCUUGCCAAAGAAUUGGUUGCAAGGGGUUUACAGACUACUUUGAUAACUGACUCUGCAGUUUUUGCCAUGAUUUCUCGAGUGAAUAUGGUUAUAGUUGGAGCUCAUGCUGUCAUGGCCAAUGGUGGUGUUAUAGCCCCUGUUGGACUGAAUAUGGUAGCUCUUGCAGCUCAAAAACACGCUGUGCCGUUUGUUGUGCUUGCUGGAAGUCACAAGCUGUGCCCCUUGUAUCCGCACAAUCCUGAGGUCUUACUUAAUGAAUUGAGAUCCCCAUCUGAGCUGCUGGAUUUUGGAGAAUUCUCAGAUUGCUUGGAUUUUGGGGUUGGCACUGGUUCUCCUCUUCUUCAGGUUAUCAACCCAACAUUUGACUAUGUGCCACCGAAGCUUGUUAGUCUGUUCAUUACUGACACUGGAGGGCAUAAUCCGUCAUAUAUGUAUAGGCUCAUUGCCGAUUAUUACUCUGCUGAUGAUUUGGUGGUGCAACGAAGACAUGCUUCUGGAAAUUGAGUUGUAGUUCCCAUUGGUUUACUUGGAUACUUACAGGAAUUUUCCAAGCAAGAGGACGGGGAGAUUAGAGAUUUAGCUCAGUUUAUGGUACUGUUAACCUCCACAAGUGAGAAUGGAAAGGUUACUAGGAGAUGGGCCAGGGUAUGGCCAUUUUUGUGAUUGUCACAAUAGAAACAAUGAAAUAGAUAAAGUGAUGUUUGUAACUCUGAGUUAGAAGCUUUGUACGUUGUGACAAAACCAUGCACUGACCAAUCAGCCACUGUUGUAUUUGAUUUUUUUUAUUUUUCCCCCGCAAAUUUGAUGGCAGUUGACAGUUGCUUUCUAGUGGGGACUUUUGAAGUCCGAGCGUUUUGUCGCAGCAGCAUAAGAUAAAAGCAAGAAAAUUUUUUAUUUCCAA